UAGCUGCAGGAGUGAGGGCUGGACGUGGAAAUGUGGUCACGGGAAUCAAGAAAAAAAUGGAUAUCGUGCUGGCAUGCUAACCCAAAUACUGACGCAAACGUAAUUUAAAAUACCAUUUAACCAUUGAUUGUUAUAUCAAGAGGUAACGUUUCUCAAUUCGACGAAAUCACUAGCUUUGCGCUCUGUUUUCCUGUGUGAUUCCACCUUGUUCCAGCCAGCUAAGCUGUACAUUAGCAAGCUAACGUUUGUUCACACUAAUUUUCCCAGGACAUCAUUACCUAGGCCCCAGGUUGCUCCUCUCCUUCCCAUAAUUCUGCCCCAGUGGUCCUUAAUUUCAAUGAGUAGGAGGGCUGUGGAUUCUGGCCCAAGGAAGAAAAGACACCGUGGCCAAGAUCAGAGAGGGUGUAAGGACAUCAGGGAUAAAAUUGUAGACCUGCACAAGGCUGGGACGGGCUACAGGACAAUAGGCAAGCAGCUUGGUGAGAAGGCAACAACUAUUGGUGCAAGUAUUAGAAAAUGGAAGAAGUUCAAGAUGACGGUCAAUCACCCUCUGUCUGGGGCACCAUGCAAGAUCUCACCUCGUGGGGCAUCAAUGAUCAUGAGGAAGGUUGUAGUUGGAUCUGGAGAUGUGCCAUGGGCUACGACGUUACCCGGUUCCAGGGGGAAGUGGAUGAGGACCUGCUGUGCCCCAUCUGCAGUGGAGUCCUGGAGGAGCCCGUGCAGGCCCCUCACUGCGAGCACGCCUUCUGCAAUGCCUGCAUCACCCAGUGGUUCUCCCAGCAGCAGAUAUGCCCCGUGGACCGCAGCGUGGUGACGCUGGCCCACCUGCGCCCCGUGCCCCGCAUCAUGCGCAACAUGCUGUCCAAGCUGCAGAUCAACUGCGACAACGCUGGCUUCGGUUGCACCGCCGUGCUGCGCCUUGACCAGCUGCAGUCGCACCUCAGGGACUGCCAGCACAACCCCAAAAGGCCCUUCCAGUGCGAGCAGGGCUGCGGACUGGAGAUGCCUAAAGACGAGGUGUCCAGCCACAACUGCAUCAAACACCUGCGCAGCGUGGUGCAGCAACAGCAGGGCAAGGUCACCGACCUGGACAAGACUGCUGCUGAACACAAGCACCAGCUAGCAGAGCAGAAACGGGACAUCCAGCUGUUGAAGGCAUACAUGAGAGCCAUCCGCAGUGCCAACCCCAACCUGCAGAACCUCGAAGAGACCAUUGAGUACAAUGAGAUCCUGGAGUGGGUGAACUCCCUCCAGCCAGCGCGCGUCACCCGCUGGGGCGGCAUGAUCUCGACACCGGACGCUGUCCUCCAGGCGGUCAUCAAGCGCUCACUCAUUGACAGUGGCUGCCCGCCUUCCAUCGUCAACGACCUGAUCGAGAACGCCCAUGAGAGGAACUGGCCCGCCGGCCUGGCCACGCUGGAGACGCGGCAGAUGAACCGGCGCUACUAUGAGAAUUACGUGGCCAAGCGUGUCCCCGGGAAACAAGCAGUGGUGGUGAUGGCCUGUGAGAACCAGCAUAUGGGUGAGGACAUGAUCCUGGAGCCAGGCCUGGUCAUGAUCUUCGCCCACGGGGUGGAGGAGAUACUAUGACCCGGCUGAGGGUGGUGGAGAGCAGAGGGGAGACUUCUGACUGACCUGAACUGAGUAGAGGAGGGAGCAGGGGAUGCUGUAACACUACGGUUGCAUCCCAAAUGGUACCCUGUUCCUUAUGGGCCCUGUUCAAAAGUAGUGCACUAUAAAGGGAAUAGGGUGCCUAUAAGAUAGUAAGAGGAGGGGAA